CUGCCUCCAGUCACAUCCCUCACACCUUCCACAGCAUCAGCCGCAUCUCACCCGGAGAGUCUUCUGCAGUUUUAGAGCGGUUCACCCGAUCAAAGUGUGUCUUUACGCGUCCAAAGAUGCUGGCUUGCACAGAGAUGAUCACUAUGUGCCUCCAGUCGGCCAAGCAGAAGCAUCUCCGGGCUCAGCAGCUGCAGCAGCUGCAGCAGCUGCAGCUGCAGCAGCAGCCGCUGCACGGCACCGGCCUGCAGGGACUGACUAUCUUUCAUGAUAUUUUCCGCAGAGCAGACAAAAAUGAUGACGGCAAGUUGUCAUUUGAAGAGUUCAACGCUUACUUUGCUGACGGGAUCCUGACCACAGAGGAGCUGCAGGAGCUUUUCUUCUCCAUAGAUGGCAGACAGAAUAACAAUCUGGACACUGACAAGCUAUCAGAUUACUUUUCUCAGCACCUUGGAGAGUAUCUGAACGUCCUUUCAGCCCUGGAGAGCCUGAAUGUUGCCAUUUUAAGGGCAAUGGAUAAAACUAAAGAGGAGUACCAAGGUGCCAGCGUCUUGGGCCAAUUUGUCACCAGGUUCAUGCUGAGAGAGACUUCGAGUCAGCUGCUGUCUCUGCAAAGGUCCCUUCAGUGUGCCAUGGAGGCGGUGGAAGAGCAGAGCAGCCCUGCCCCGAGGGAGCUAAAGGCACCAGAGCUGACAGCAGUGCAAAGAAGUGGCAGGCGGUGCGGUCGCAAGGUCAACAACAACGUGUGCAUGCCCCCACCAGAUCCCAGCUCUGGGCCCCCGACCACAGGCGUCAGCAUGGAGGUUGAAGAGAACUGGUGCUCUCAGAUCAACAGGCUCCAGCAGCUUUUGGACAAACUCGAGUGUCAGGGUCCCAAGUUGGAGCCACUCAAGGAGGACACACUGGCCGGCACAUACAAGUCUAACAUCCUCCUGGUUCAGAGGCAGAUAUCGGUUAUUGACGAUAAUGUGGACAACUUCCAGAAAGUUCUGAAGAGCUACAUUGAUGCCACAUCAGCUCACUCUGACAACCUGCACGUGUCUGUUCAGAAGCUCCCAGGAAAGUCGUGUUACAUAAUGUAUGAGUUCUGGCAGGACCGCAUCUCUUGGAUGAGCUAUCUUCAGUCCAACAGCAGCAAAGAUUUCCAGCGCUGCGUCAUUGACAUGUUGGAGGAUGCUGAAGUGGUUUCUACUAUGUUGCUCCCAGCUUCCUGGUGGAUUAUGACCGAUAACUAGCAACUGAAUCCAGCCAUGGACAAGGCUACACACACACACACACACACACACACACACACACACGAUUUUACACACACACACGCACAGACACACGUUGACCAGAUCAAGAGCCGUCCAUGUGUUUAAAAGCAGGAGUCAGUGGCAUCAUUCAGCAUUCUCCAGCUGCAUCUUCUAAUGCUCCAGCCUUUGACUGCUCGUUAUCGUGCCACUUAUGUCAAAACGGACAGCGGCUUCAUGUCCCACAUCCAUAAGCUGGGGAGCAACGGAAUCCCUGCGAUGCAAAAGCUACUUUAUGAACUUUGUAACCCCCGUCUCUCGCCUAUGGCAUGGCCACCUGUCUCUUGUAGUGUUUGUUUGAUAUCAACUGAAAAGGAAACAACCAAAAACACUCCAGCGUAGGCUAAUAGAGCAAACCCAUCUGGAAUGAAAGUUAGAAUUCAAGUCGUGCUUAGUGUUGAUGAUUAGUUGUUUACUGGUGAAUAAGAUUAGUUCUGAUGAAAAACCAGA